GCAAAACAAACAACGUUUCUCGAGCGUCUAAUCCAGCAGGAGGUAUAACUUUCUGAAGACGAAGUGAAAUGUGCCAAUAACUCAAAAUAAAAGAUCGUUGGACAUACAGCUUGCUUAUUUCGCGACGUACACAUCAGCUCUAUUGAAGUAUGGUAUAUCACGUAGUACUUUCAAGGUAAUUCUUAUAAGAAAUUGACAUGUCGGAUAUUUGUUUUCAUCAUGGCCAAAAAUCUUUGGCACGUCGUCGAAUGCAACAAAUUACAAUAAAUGGAUAUGAGUAUAUGUGCUCUAAAGGGUUUCAAAAUGGCAUAUAUGUCAUAUGCAAGUAUAAAAAAAUAAAAAACUGCAAAUUUCGUGGAAAAAUUGUCAACGAUCAGUUAAUCAUUUCUCGUAACCACAAUCACGCGAGUACCAGAAAUGCUGAGUUAAUUUUCAAUUUUGAAAGGUCGUUGUAUGAAGAGGUGAAAAAUCAGCAUUUUAAGUCACUCCGAAUUAUCUACGAUGAAGUUAGUUUAUUACAUCAUGAAGCAGUUGUUCAUGUUUCAUGGGCACAUAUCUAUCCAAAAAUGUUACGAUGGCGACGACAAAUAAGACCUCCCAUACCUACUACUAUAGAACAAUAUAUAAAUAUUAUUGAAAUGCCAGAAUGGAAUGCGUAUACUAGUCAUAAUCAAACAAAUAUCACCGUAACAACUAUUGAAGAUGAAGAUGGUUCUAAAACUAUCAUUUAUGCCGAUUUUGGAUUUUUAAGAUCACUAAAUCAUGUGUCUGAUUUUUUUAUCGACGCAACAUUCAAAGUGAUUCCAAGAAAACCGAUGUUUCGUCAAUUUCUUACAAUUUUAGGAUUAGUCCAAGAUUCUAAUUCGUUGUUGGACAGCAUAUUACUGCUUGUACGAUGUGUGAAGGAAGUAUUACCAAUUAUAUUUGUCAGCCAUGCAAUCAUUGGUUUGGAUGUUCUCGGUGCGUGCAACACAUGCAAGCCCUUCUUGUUCAAAGGCGUGCUGAUCUACUUUGUCCACUUUGUGCCGAUGUUGUCACAUCAUUUGAAAUGA